UUUCAUCGUAAUCAUUUCAACUACACACACAGCUAUCACAAAAACCGCAAAGCAUUGGGUUCCUACUCAAGUUAAACAAAGCGAAAGAAGAGGCACUCAAGAUGAAGGCAGCUCUACUCGUAGUGGACAUUCAAGAGGACUUCUGUCCACCAAAUGGGUCCCUUGCAGUGCAAGAGGGGCGCUCGGUCGCACCCAUUGUAAACUCUCUCCUGGUUCAUCCAGGGUUCGCAAUCAGGGUGGCUACGCAAGAUUACCACCCAGAGAACCAUAUCUCCUUCGCCAACAGCCAUCCCGCUCCCAACAACAUCCCCUUGGAGAGUGUGAUCACCGUAAACAACCCAGCACCCGGUAAGGGAAGCGAAACCAGACCACAAAGGCUUUGGCCAGCGCACUGUGUUGGGGGUACCGCGGGAGCGGAGAUUAUCCCUGAGAUUAACACCAGCAACAUCGACGUGUAUGUGAGGAAAGGCAUGCACCCCCAGGCGGAAAUGUACUCCGCUUUUGCCGAUGCAUUUGGAAAUAUCGAUCCUUCUAUCACGGUACACUCGGUGAACGUCGACCUCAAAUCCUUACUAGUCAGUCAAGGUAUUACUGACGUCUUUGUGACUGGGUUGGCGGGUGACUAUUGUGUCAAGCAUACCGCUAUCGAUGCCACCAAAGUAGGCUUUAAGAGCUACGUGGUUGAGGAUGCUACUCGAUGUGUCGUACCGGGUUCGGGCUGGGAUGAAGCCGAGCAGGAGAUGAGGAAGACGGGCGUUUCAAUUAUUCGAUCCGAUGGGCCUGAAAUUGCCGGUUUAAAGGUGUGAGCUGUUUCAAAGGUGGAUGAAUUCGUUCUAGCGCGGUCUUCUCUUUCU